GUUUGGGUACGAGAUUGCCCCUCAUUCUCUGAGCCUUCCGGCUGACAAUCGUCCCGCUGCCAAAGCUCGCAGCAUGGGGCAAGAGGAGCUAGUGAUCAGCAUCGACAAGGCGCACUGGCCCAAGAACGUGCUCCGGGUCUUGUCCCCGCUGCUGCGGAAGCUGGGGGACUCCCAUGGGCACCUCAUCGUGGCAGCGCAGCCGGCCAGAGGCGUGAUCUUGUUGCAGGGCCCCGGGGAGAAGAUCUCCUUGGCCCUGCCGGGGCUCAGGCAGCUCGUCGCGGAGCACUUCCCCGAUGCCGAGGUCCCCAAGGAGCUGUUGACGCCCUGUGAGCAAGCAGCUGCCGCGCCGGAGGAGGAAGAGGCUAAGUCUCCAGCCUCGGAGCCAGAUGUCGAGAUGGUGAAAGCGGAACGCGCGGCCGCCGACACGCCUCAGGAGCUGGCGGCCAAAGCCUUGCGCCGGGCGUAUGCCACCCGCAGCGCCUCGGCGAUGCGCAUCGCCCUCGGGGCGGCGUGCGCCGCCAGGGUGGCCCCGGCCCAUCUCGAGGAGGGCGAGCGUUGGCUGCGGGAGCUGCAGGCCGGGGCCGCUUUGGGCGAUGCUUUGGCCAGCGGCGAAGUGGCGGAGCUGCAGCGGGCGCUCAACGCGGCGCGCGAGGCGCAGGUGCCCGAGGAGCGUUUGGACGAGGCGGAGUUGCAGCUGGGCCGUCUGCAGGCGGAGCAGAAUCUGCAGGAGGCGCUGGCCGGCAGCGAGGCGGAGCUCCGGGAGGCCCUGGCGCAGGCGCGGGCCUUGGGCGCGGAGGCGCUGGAGGCGGCGGAGGCGGCGUUGUGCACCAAGGCGGCGGAGGCGGAACUGCUGGCAGCCAUGGAGCUCGUAGGGGGGCUGCAGGCGGCUGAUGAGGAGACGGAGCUGGUCUUCGGGUCCGCGGUGCGGGAGGCGCACAGCGCCGGGGUGGUGGGCCCGACGCUGGCGCAGGCGGAGGCCAAGCUCCAGGCCCUCCGCGACGCGCGCCAGGCAGCAGCCGCGCAAAGUGAGCGCCCGGCCGACGAAAACGCCGCCGAGAACGUCGCCGGCGAGCCACCAGCCAAGCGGCAGCGGAGUGAAACCGAGGGCGAGGAGGCUGUGGAGGGCGUCGAGGCCUGGGCGCGGUGCCUGCUGGAAGCCGCGGUGCUGCGGUGUUGCAAGCGCCGGGCCAUUGAGGCGGAGGACUUUGACCUGGCGCUGCUGCUGAAGCAGCAGGAGCCCUUGGUGGCCGGGCGCCUGGAGAAGGCCAAGGAGGCGGCGAAGGCCCAGGCUCCGCGGGAGGUGGACGUUGCGAAGCUCGAGGAGGUGCGGUCGCGGAAGCAGCAGGCUGUAGAGGAGGAGGACUACGACCAGGCACAGGAGCUGAAGGACUUGGAGGCCCGGCUUUGCGGCAGGCAGUUGGAAGAGAGCCACGGCACCAGUGCUGCCUUGCGGCUCCUUAGCCGUGCCAGCCCUGAGGAGCUGGGCACGGGCCUUUGCCCGGUGCUGGCGGAGCAGGCGGCGAGCUGCCGGGAUCUGUGGCGCCGGGUGCGGGCGGAGCUGGCGGAGUGAGGCAAUGGCCUGCGGCUCCUUGCGGGCAACACACGUUGGCCGGCGAAAA